CAGACGCAGAGGGGGGAAGCCGCGCCAAAGACACGCUGUAGCCGCGAUGGUAUUCUGCUACAUUCCAUCCCCAGUGAAUACCAGCCUUAAAAAUGACGAUGGUUGCAGUGGUUAGUGAAAGAACAGGUUAUCCCCCGGGAGUCCUUGCCUAUGUCUUUAAGGAUGACGUUCACAGGACAAACCACAGUGAGUAUCCUCCCUCGGCAGGUUCAAUGAAAUUUAUUUCUCAGCUCAGCCUCUCGAAAUUACACUCCACUAAACAACAUGCCGUUUCCGCAUUCCCACGACGCGCUUAGUUCUGUGAAUGUGAUCCAUCCAAACGCAGAACCGGUUCCACCUGAUCCCCUACUGCUGUGAAGUGCACUGCGAAAAGACGAAGAAGGGAGACCUCAGAAGUGCUGUGUAGCGGCGUUCAACGAUCUGAGGAGAUAGCCUACUGUAAAAGACCCCACUGAUUCAUUUUUACUUUUAACGUCGUGUCCAGCCCACGCAUACUCUGGAUACCCCCGCCGUCGCCGCGAGAGCCCGAGGAAUCGGCUUGGGAUGGAGGACUGUUGUCGCACUUGUAUGCCAUGUUGUAGUAGGAUAUGGAACUGCAUAUGGCCCGAAUUUCACUAUCCGAACAUCAUACAACCAGCAGAAAUCCGGACAAUCUCAGGUGAUAUCAGUGUCCCAGCGCCCAAGAAGAAGCCAACGCAGCUUUAUGCGGCUUUGUUUGAUUUCGAAGCCAGGAGCGAGGAGGAGCUCACUGUGAAAGAAGGUGACAAACUGUCGGUCAUCGAAAAGCGGGGUGAUUAUGUGCUUGCCAAAAAACUUACCGGCACAUUGGAGUCAGGAUUACUACCGGCUAACUAUGUAGCUUUGGUUCAAGAUGAAUUUGCAAAAUACAAAUGGUACUAUGGGAACAUCAACAGACAGAAGGCUGAGAAGCUUCUCCUGGCCCAACAGAACAAGAAUGGCUCUUUCUUGGUGCGCAUCAGCGAGAGCCACAGUGACGAGUACACCAUCUCAGCCAGAAAUGAAGGCCAGGUGUAUCAUUUUCGUAUACGCCGGUCAGCGAUUGGUGCCUACUUUGUGUCUGACAAGAUCUCCUUCGCCACGCUGGACGAGCUCAUCCGGUACUACCAGAGCAACAGCAAGAGCUUGGGCUGCCCCCUGGAGCAGCCGUGUGUUCAGCAGCGGGAGCUGUUCGACAUGGAGCCGUGGGAGCGGCCUCGGGAAGAGUUCAAGCUGCAGCGGAAGCUGGGGGAAGGGCACUUUGGAGAGGUGUGGGAGGCGGCGUGGACCAGCAAGAACCAGAAGGUGGCCAUCAAGAUGCUCAAGCAAGAGGACACCAAGCAGGAUGAGUUCAUAAAGGAGGUGCACGCACUGAAGAACCUGCACCACCCCAAACUCAUCCAGCUGCUAGCCAUGGUGUCCCGCGGCGAGCCCGUCUACAUCGUCACCGAGCUCAUGAGCAAGGGCAGCCUCAAGUCCUACCUGGCCACCCCUGAGGGUCAGAUUCUGACCUCUGCCCAUCUCAUCUACAUGGCCAGCCAGGUGGCGGAGGGCAUGGCCUACCUGGAGGACCGGCACAUCGUCCACCGCGAUCUGGCUGCCAGGAACAUCCUGGUCGGCGACGACCUCAUCUGCAAAGUUGCCGACUUUGGUCUGGCCCGCAUCAUAAAGGACAGUGUGUACACGGCCAGCAGAAGCACAAAGAUCCCGGUGCGCUGGACGGCCCCCGAGGCGGCGCUCUACCAGCGCUUCUCCGUCAAGUCGGACGUCUGGUCCUUCGGCGUGCUGCUCUACGAGAUGAUGUCACGAGGGAAGAUGCCGUACGACGGGAAGAGUAAUAAGGAGGUUCUGGAGAUCCUGGCGUCGGGCUACCGCUUACCCAGUCCGCACAAGUGCCCACCCAACAUCUACCGCAUCAUGCUGGAAUGCUGGAACCCAGAGCCCUCCAAGCGUCCGUCCUUCCACGCCUUGCACAGCCAGCUGGACAACAUUUACUCCAGACUCUACUUCAAAACCAUAGAGGUGUAGACGUCUCGGAGCGCUGACCGGUGGAGAAGAACGUCGGAAACAGACAUGGGACGAGGUCAAGAAGAGAGAGAGAGAGAGAGAGAGAGACUGAGAAACAGAAAGACCUGUUUUAAGGGACUGUAUGGAGUCACUAUAUCACCAGUAUAUGCACUAUACCGUAUGAACAAUGAACACAAAUGGACACACUUUUUUUGUGAUGGCGUAGCGGUGUCCAUUUUUACCUUUAUAAGAUAUUUCACUUUCUUGUGUUUCCUAAAGGUCAGUCCCAGGCGUUUUAUUUAAUUCAUUUGUUUUUAAAUGAGGUCAUGUGCAAUAACAAGCCUGCAGCUACUCCAUGCUUUCUACCAUG